AUGCCGGCGAGACUAGCGGACGUGGCUGGCGGCGUGAGACUCGGUUCGCGCAAUGCUUCAGGAGCAGGAUACGGACGUGUCGGGUCGUGUUUGGGCCGAUGUUGUGCCGCGGACCCUGUAGGGACAUGCCCAACACGGCCUGUCGUGAGCCCGCAAAAGGCCUUCGCCUCUGCUGGAGCGGGGUACAGGCAAGUCGGUGAGCCAUGCACAUCUGCAUCCAUACCCAUACCCAUACCCAUACCCAUGCCCCGUGCCCAUGGCGACAACGGCCUCUUAUCGCACUGCAACCAGCAACUCGAAGAAUCCCACCGCCAUUCGUUGCUCGUCCUGUCCUGUCCUGCCCUGCCCUGCCCUGCACUGCAAACCCUCAGCCGCAGACGCCCUGCUGUGGGUCGCGCCGGCCGAGCUCGAUUCCCACUCUGUUUACCAGAUCGCGUCGUAUUUGGCAUGGCCUCAACGCGUCCAACCACACGCCUAUUCGCUCACAUGCGACGGGCGAUGCCACACCCCACCCGCGCCCACACACACCCUCUUUGCUUGGGACGGCACAAAUUCCAACCCGUCCUCGCACGCUUCGUCUGUUAA